AUGGUCGAAAGCCAUAGGACAACACUAACACCAGCAUUGAAUGAGUUAGUGGUAACGUCAACAGAUCCGCCGACGUUGACUACGACGCCGCGACGUACGACAGAGAUCGUAUUUUUCACACAUACACGUCCGUCCACCUUCAGAGAUCCGAAAUGUCGUGACAUGCGCUAUUCGUGCGCAUUUUGGUUGCAACAUAAUCCCGCCGUAUGUCAGGAGCAGGAGUCAUUCAUGAAAGCUCAGUGUGCGUACACAUGCAAGUAC